GCACUGUACUUCUGUAGUGUCAAUGUACGUUGUUAGUGUACCUCAUUGGUGUACCUUGCUAUAUAUACUCUUUGGUUGGUGUCAAUUUGAAACUCAGUUCGUCGUCGUUCACGCAUGUUUGUUAUGUUGUUUUGGACAAGUCAUAACAACAACAAUUAACUAUUACAAGUCUUCUCUACGAUAAUAAUUAAAACGUUUUCUUGCAAAUAACCUUUUAACAAUGGCCACUUCCACUUUUUUGCGUGUAAAACGUCGCCUGGAAGAUAAUCCUCAAGAUGCAUUUGUGCUUCUGUGUAAACGCAUGAAAACAGACACUGAGGAAAUUUCACCUUCUCUUUUUGUAUUUAGAGGUACUGUGGAAAGCCAGGAGCCUACACAUGUAAAAAGACUAGCACCUAAUUCUUUUAAACUCAAAACUUUUACUAAUGUCAAUGAUAUUAUAAGCAAAAUGCGAAAAGAAAGAAAGGAUUUUGCGACAGAGAGCCGUUAUAAAGUUGUCAACUGCAGCAGAGGAGUAAAAAUUGUGACUGAAAAAAAUGAUAAUUAUGAUAUAGUAGAUUUACAAAUGACAGAUUUACAGAAGAAAGAAGAAGAACAGGAGAAUGAGCAGUACAUAUACGAUCUUUACACUUCUGCUAAAGAAGAUUUUGACAUAUCUAUGUUGGAUAAUCUUGUAAGUAUAGAGAACUAUGAGACAGAAUUAAUAUACGGAUCAGCUAGAGAUAAUGGUUUAAUGGAAUCAGAUGUUGAAGAUAGUGAUGACUCAAAUGCGGAAAACUACUUUAAGAAUGAUUAUCCAGAUUCCGACCCAAGUAGUAUAGAUGAGGACGACAUGGUUGAGGCAGUAAAAAAUUGUAAUAUAGAAGAUGAUCUGUCAAGCGACAUAGAUGAAGACAUGAUAUAUGAUGAGCCAGCGGAGUUUUUCAAUGAAGACGUCAAACGUUAUGGUAUUGCUUACGCUAAAUAUAAGGCCAGAGUUCUUUCAGAACAGCCCGACCUAGCUAAUGGGAAUAAUUAUGUAUUUUCUACAAGGAUAGAUGACACUCAGGAAUACAACAGCGAUGAAGGCUUCUAUUAUGGUCAAGAACAAGAUUCUGAACAGUUUAGGGAACAAUACGCAGAUGACUCGUCAGAUCCAGAUUGAGAUAUGUAUUUAGUUAAUAAUGUAAUUGAAUAUAUUUUUUUAUGAAAAUUCUGUCAUUUUUAAAAUAUUUUAUACCAAAAUUGUCAAUUGAAGUAAAUACCUUAAAUAAUGUUUACAAUAAUAAAAAGCAAAAAUAUUCAA